UCUCGCCGCCGCCGCCGCCGCCUCGUUCCCUGCUCGUCGCGACCCCGCACACCAUCAUCAAUGCGUGCCUCUGUCACGCCGCAUCAGGUCGGCAAUGGCCAGCCUCGGCGCCAAGGUCCUCCUGCCGGUUCGCUUCUCAUCCACCCGUCGACCAUCGACGCCCUGGGCAGUCCAGACGCCGAGGUGUUCCUCGGUCCGGACGACCAUCAGCCGAUUGACCCGUCGGUGCUGGUCGCCGGUAUGUCCGAAUCCCGGCAGCUGGCUCGGGCUCGCCCGGCCACGGUCCACAUCGACGGCCGCCCCUGGUCGUCGAUGACGCUCCGGCUGGACCAACCCCUUCCGGCCUGCACUCCGGCCUGCACCAUGGCCAUCGGCCAGAAGCGGCCCACCGGCUCCGGCCACGCCUUCCACUAUGUUCGCAUGGGCCAAGGCCCUGCCAUUGGUCUCACAUUCGAUGACUCCCUUCCCGAGGGGGAUAUCAAGCUGUCGGCCGACCUCCUGUCUUGGGUGAUGCUGCACGGCCCGCAGCAGUUGGAGCUCCAUGUCCUCGCCCUGGACGCGCCCCUCGCUGCCAUUGCCAUUGGCGGCAGUCCGCCCGGCACGCACACCGCCGGCCCUGCCGGGGGUCGGCCCGCUGCGAGCCUCCACGCCACAGGGUCCUCCGGCCCGACGACCGGCUCCCCGGCUUCCCAGAAUGGCAGCCACGCCACCCACCUCCAGAGCUCCAGCCGCCCGGCGCAUGGUGAUCACAUCCUGCUGGGCGUUCACGGGCAAAUAUUGCAGCAUGCCACAUUGCAGGAGGGGCUCACGCGCACAUUGAGCCGCCCCUCGUCCCCCCUGCCCCACCGGCGUCUGCCCCAUGAAUGCCUCGUCUCCAUCUCCCUCACCGAGCACUUCGUCGUCACCUCCCGAGUGGACCCCAUCCCUCGGCACGGGAUGCCGUGCAUCUUCAUGCACCCGCGAAUCUGGCACUUUCUCCACGAGACCCUGGCCCCCACGCGGAUGCAUGAGACAUCUCCCCCAUUGGUGCUCUUCAGCCAUGUCAUCUGCGAACUCCAUGUCUGGUCGGCGAGCUGCUCCCCGCCAGUGGGCCCCGACCCUGGCCAGGUCGACGUCCUCCUCCCGCCCACCAUCAUGCCUCGCGCCACCAAAUACCCCAGCCAAUCGAUCAGCCCAUCCCUGUUCCAGAUCAAGAUCCUCCAUCCGGCCCGGGAGCUCGAUGUCCAUGUCCAGGCUCCGGGCUGGCCACUGCCCGAGGGCCACUCGCCCGCCUUCAUGCAAGCCCUCGUCUCGUGCCUGCAUUCUCACAUGGCCGCCGUUCGGGCAUUGAGCUCUCGCUCCUACGUCCUCCCUGCCGGCACCAUCCCAGGCUAUCCGAAUGUCGGUGAACUCUACUACAGCAUCCCUGCAGGACGAGCAUUCGGCCCCGACGACAAGGAGCCCCGGGCCUUGGUCUACUCUUCGGACACCAUGCUGAAGGUGGUUCUCGGCAAGCCGAUGGUCCUCUUGGCAGAGGGGACCGCGCCCCCGACCCACACCCCGGCCCGACUCAAGUUCCUUGCGGUCGACAUCCAGACGCCCACCGACCAUCCUCUUGCACACCAGCACCUGGAGUCCAUGCUCAAGAGUCACAUUGCCGCCCAUCCAGGCCCCUGUCCCUUGACCGGCUCCAUGGAAGACCCCACCAGUGGGCUCCCAGUGGCAUUCCACAUCAGGCUGCUGCUGACAGACCAAGGGGCCGCCACUCCAGGAGGACGCUUCGACCCGGGCUUUACGGCCAUCCACUUCGGACCUCGACCGGGGUCCGGCGCCAUCAUCACCGACGCCCCAACGGUCUUCCUGCUUUCGUCGCCCAGCCGCCCCGGCCACAUGGUGCCCUUCCAGGUGACACAGCCCCCUCGCCAGAGCCCCUUUUUGACGGACGCCUUCAUCCUGCCCGAGCAUUACCGCCAACUUGUGCACCUGGCCGCCGCACGGCAGCCCUGCACCCUGUCCCUCGGCGAUGCCGACCGGCCACAUAUUCCCCCCCUGGCCUUGAGAACUACCUUUGACAGCUUCUCCCGGGCCAAUUGCGCAAGCACCUGCUCGACAUGUCUGGACCGCAAAUUCAUCAGCACUUGCUUUUCCUGGGAGUGCUGGUCCACGGCCUCGUUGCCGCACUCGGAGGAGGCGCCCUGGUGCCAUGCCCACCAGGGGCCUCCCACCACGGCAUGUGCCACCGAGCUGCAGCCCACCCAGUCCGGACUUCCGUCCUUGAUCAUUCCCCUUCAAAACAUGGCCCAGUGGAAUGUCCUCGGGUCGGUGAGGACAUUCACCCUGCACGCCGCCGCCGACCCCACCACGGAGCCUCCUCAACCGCAGUCGAUCCCUCGCACGCAUGGGCUCUCGCCGGCCGAAGCGUCAGGAGAUGCCCCCCGCGACACGGCAAUCACCCUGCCUGGCCCCGAGGACCAGCUCCCGGACUCCGAUACCCCGGGCCAGUCAGGCCCCGACCAAACUGUCGCCGUCAUCUGCCUCAUCCUGAGUGACUUCUCCGAGGGAGACUACCAACACAUGAGUUGGACCCUGCGCCGGGUGCUGUCAUUCCCCUCUCUCAUCAUCAGAGAUCGGGUGGCCCAUGCAUGCCAGCUGGCCGGCCUCCCGGCCAAGGACACGGUGCUGGCCGACCCUCGCGGCCAGCCGAUGGACCAGGGCCACGUCGACCCGCGCCAGACCAUGAUCGUCUUCUACUCGGCCGGUGGCCGGAUCAACGGUCAUCCGAGCAUGCUUUGGAUUGAUACCUCGGGCCUUCCGGCCGGCCGGCACUUCUUUCUCCAGAUCCUGCCCCAUAGAAACAGCGAUAGUCCCAUGUCCAUGUAUGUCCCGCCGGCGGUCCAUCGGGCUUUGCUCCAAGCAGCUCCCCCUCGCCCGCCCUCCCCGACGGCCGAUGCACAUGGCCAUCGCACGCCCAGCCCGCCCAUCUCCUCGAAUGCUCGGACGCUCCUCAAGUUUUCGCCCCCUGCCGUCCAGUCUCCCGAGCACGCCAUGCCCUUCUCGACUGCGGGCUCUCUGGCGCAAGGUGUCAUGGACAUCGUCGCCCAGACGCCCCUCCACUUGAAUGGCCUGGGCUAUGUCCUUCAUGACCAUGGCUCCCGGGAUGUGUCCUGUUUGGUCCCCUGCCGCUGUUGUGGAGGCCAUGCCCACAUCCUGCUCUGCAAACACACACCGACGCAGUGUGUGCCCAACACGCCGGAUGAGGCUGCCACAUCGCCCAGCACUUUGCUCUGCACCGAUGUGAACCACAUCAAGAUCGCACAGGACAAUGCACUCGGCACGGCGCCGGCCAUCCUCCCGCAACCUCUUCGCCAGGGGGUCGCCAUCAUGCCAUCGACAUUUGCCCCCUUGUCCUUCUCCGGCUCCCUCAUCCGCAUGACUCGCCAUGUAUCCAGCCCCAACGCCACAAACCCCCACGUGCCCAUUCGACACCUGGUCAUGGCUGUCUCCCUCGACCGCUCCACGAUGACGAGCCAUCACCCGGAUUACCUCGAGUUCCGCGCCCGGCUCUUCCUUACCAAGCACUUUUCCCACUGCACGCUCCACUUGCCAAUGAUGUUCCAGACUCCCUAUCUCUCUUGUCGGGUCGCUGCCAUGGUCGACGACCAGGGGACCUCCCUUCGCUCGGGCAUCUUCAUUGGCCAUGCCCCGCAAGAGGCGAUAGUCGCCCAACAUGCCACACCCCAUCUUCAUGGGCGCGCCCCGGCGGUACCAACUGGUACUCGGAUUUCUUUCAUCUGGCCAGGCGGUCGGCCAAGCACAUAUAUCCGGAGGCCGAUUAGAAUCAUUCCCAUCCGUUACCGCGACUAGCCUGCUCGCCACCCGUCGCCUCCCCCUCCCUUUCCUGCUGUUCGAGGAAUAGAUCAUGCUCUUUCGGCCCA